AUGAGCGAAGCGCCUUUCGCUCUUUUAUUUGGUCUCCUAAUUGGGCCUUAUGGAAUCGGGGUUUUCGAUCCUCGUGGUUGGACUACCUCCGGGGGGGACGAUUCGAAUGCGUCGGGAAAUUAUCUUACGUUCGAGUUGACCCGAUUGGCCCUGGGAUUCGGCUUGUUCGCCAUUGGUACGAGUUUGUUGAAAGGUGUUGAGUUGCCCAAAUCAUAUCUGAGGGAUCAUGCCAAGAGUUUGACCGCUUUGAUUGUUCCCGUAAUGGCAUGGGGAUGGUUUAUUUCAGCGGGGCUAAUUUCUUGGAUUUUCCCCGCUCUUUCAUUUGCGUCUGCGUUGGUAAUCUCUUCGUGUCUCACCCCGACUGAUCCAGUCCUGGCGAAUGCAAUAGUAUCCGGAAAAUGGGCAGAACAAAACGUUCCAGAACAUUUGCGCCUAUUAAUUGCUGCCGAAUCUGCAGCGAACGACGGGCUCGCGUAUCCCUUCCUAUACGUAUCUAUAAAGAUGCUCACGAUCGGCACAGAACCCAUUGAGAUUGCCAAGUUCGUUUGGGAGUGCGUUGUCUAUCAAGUCUUGUUGGGCGUGGCUCUGGGUGCAUUUUUGGGCUGGGUAUUCCGUGUGUUACUUCAACGGGCCGAAGCCAGAGGUUUUAUCGACCGAUCAAGUUAUAUUGGACAAUAUCUCUCCCUUACUAUAUUAAGCCUUGGAACGACUGCCAUACUUGGGGGUGAUGAUCUGCUCGCGGCAUUUGCUGCAGGUUCUGCCGUCUCAUGGGACGGUCACUUUAACGAAAAGUCUCACGAAUCCGAAUUCUCAAGUACCCUCGAAGUGUUUUUCAAUUGUGCUUGCUUCGUUUACAUUGGUGCAUGGCUACCAUUCCAUGCGCUUGAUCUUGAAGAUGUUGCUCCUAUUUGUGACCAUAUUGAUCGUCAGCGUAUCCCGGCUCUCGUAGCGUUGUGGUGGACAGGAUGGUUGGAGCCUGAUAUAAAUACGCUUGGCGAAGCAUUGUUCAGUGGUCAUUUUGGGCCGAUGGGGGUGGGCGCCGUUUUCAUUUCGAUGCUAGCGCUCACCGAACUUCCACCUUCACAAGGCAGGACGGACAAUCAAAUCGAUCGCGUAUCCGCAUCUAUUCAGCCAAUUGUCUCGUUCAUUGUUUUGGGAUCCAUCUUCAUUCAUGGUAUUUCCAUCCCUUUCUUCUCGCUUGGCACAUGGUUCCACGAGGUGUACUUCAAAGCAAAGAUCAAUGCCGCUCACGCAAGGCGCUCACUGAGUUCUGUUAGCCCAUUUCGCCGAUCUCGUGCUCUGCCGGAUGAGCGUCAAGGUUUAUUGUCCGAUGAACUGGGUCAAAGUGAGCGUUUAUCAAGAUCAAACAUAAUCUGUGGGACUGGUUCAAAAAUUCAAGGGGAUCAAGAGGAACAGGUUUAG